UUCCGGCUGGUGCCCUCUCCACCACACUUCUGGGAGCCCCUUCCUUCCUUUCUUUGCCUCUCACUUCCCCUCGUUCUCUCGAUCCUGAUAACCUUUCUCCCUCUCAUCCCCUCCCCCCUUCCUCUUUUAUAAUCUGUGGCGGUGGAUCUCUGCGCUCCUCCAACCAUCCCUUGGGUGACGAUCACAAACGGAUGUGGCCCCCCUCCCUUAACCACAUUAUUCUACUCCCUGUUUCUUUACUUACCCCACUGAGUCAACCUCUCGCUCCCUCUUCCCCUCUCCUUCACCACUAUUACGUGUGCCUUCUCCUUUGUGUUUCGGGAUUGCCAAUUAGAAGCGUGUACCGCUCUCUCUCACUCUCUCGGGGCCAUCAGUUAACUCACCAUGUCUCCGAAACCCUUGGACUACGAGUCGCUGAACGAGAAUGUAAAGAAGGUUGCGUAUGCUGUUAGAGGAGAGCUUUAUCUACGGGCUUCCGAGCUGCAGAAAGAAGGGAAGAAGAUCAUAUUUACAAAUGUUGGCAAUCCUCAUGCUCUAGGACAGAAGCCAUUGACAUUUCCUCGUCAGGUGGUAGCAUUAUGUCAAGCUCCAUUUUUAUUAGAUGAUCCUAAUGUGGGGCUUCUCUUCCCAGCAGAUGCCAUCGCUAGAGCUAAACAUUAUCUUUCAUUGACUUCGGGUGGUUUAGGUGCAUAUAGUGAUUCUCGAGGUCUGACUGGAAUAAGGAAGGAAAUUGCGGAUUUUAUUGAGAGGCGUGAUGGGUACCCUAGUGAUCCAGAACUUGUAUUUCUCACUGAUGGUGCCAGCAAAGGUGUAAUGCAGAUACUAAACACCAUUAUCAGAAACGAGAAGGAUGGGAUUUUGGUUCCAGUUCCUCAAUACCCCCUUUAUUCAGCUACAAUAUCAUUAUAUGGUGGUUGUCUUGUUCCAUAUUAUUUAGAAGAGGAGGCAAAUUGGAGUCUUGACUUCUAUAAUAUUCGCCAAUCUGUAGCAGCAGCACGUUCAAAAGGGAUAACUGUUCGAGCCAUGGUGAUCAUAAACCCAGGAAACCCUACUGGUCAAUGUCUCAGUGAAGCCAAUAUUAGGGAAUUGCUGAAAUUUUGUUUCCAAGAAAACUUAGUCCUGCUUGCAGACGAAGUUUAUCAGCAAAAUGUAUAUCAGGAUGAACGACCCUUUAUAAGUGCAAGAAAGAUACUGUUUGACAUGGGUCCGCCUAUAAGCAAAGAGGUCCAGCUUGUGUCUUUCCACACUGUGUCAAAAGGAUAUUGGGGAGAAUGUGGACAGCGUGGAGGAUACUUUGAGAUGACUAAUCUUCCUCCUCAGACAGUAGAUGAGAUCUACAAGGUUGCAUCUGUUUCACUCAGUCCAAAUGUCCCCGGGCAGAUCUUUUUAGGCUUGAUGGUUAAUCCUCCCAAACCAGGAGAUAUCUCAUACGCGAGGUUUGUUGCAGAGAGCAAGGCUGUCCUUGAGUCCCUGAGGAGAAGAGCACAUAUAAUGACCGAUGGAUUCAAUAGUUGCAGAAAUGUAGUUUGCAAUUUUACAGAAGGAGCCAUGUAUUCAUUCCCACAAAUAUGCUUACCACCAAAAGCAAUUGAAGCUGCCAAAAAGGCUGGCAAAGCUCCUGAUGUUUUCUAUUGCCUCAAGCUCUUGGAAGCAACUGGCAUUUCCACUGUUCCUGGCUCAGGUUUUGGCCAGAAAGAAGGGGUUUUCCAUCUAAGAACAACCAUCCUGCCAGCAGAGGAAGAAAUGCCUGCUAUAAUGGCUAGUUUCAAGAAAUUCAAUGACGAGUUUAUGGAACAAUAUGAAGACUACAGAGGCUACUCCAGGAUGUAGGUUUGUUAUAUGGAAUAAAAUAAAGCAUACUGAAGGUGCAUGGGAAAAGAACUUCUCUACCUUUAAGAUAAUUUCUGAGAGUGUAAGUCAAUAAUGACUUCUCAAGAUCUUAUUAUAUAAUGAUUUGUAGAGGAAAAUUUAAAAUAAACCCCAGUCGUCUGUUAUUGAAAUUUGCCAAAGGAAUCAGUGUAUUGACUUUUACUGAUUUCUCUCUUCGCCAUUA